CGGGCGGCGGCGGCGAGUCGUAGUCUUCCGUUCGGGAUCGGGCCAGAAGGAACGUGAGGGAUUUCAACGAACGACGUGAGAGACCACCAGGAUGGCCUCGCGACCGAUCCUCGUCCGUCUGCUGAUCGCCUGCGGCGUCCUCGCCGCGACGACGUCGCUCACUCAAAACAGCAGAUUCUCGAAUCAGCUGUUUGACAAUCAGCUGAAUCGCGGUCAAUUCUCGCAACAGUACUCGCCGAAACGUGGCUCGUCUCCGUCGUGUCCGGAAAGAAACGGCCGCUACCCGAUGCAGAAUCAGUGCGACGGGUACAUCGAGUGCAUCGACGGGAUCGCCGAGGAGAAGCUGUGUCCGGAGGGGUUGUUUUUCAAUCCUGAAGCACGCUUCAAUUAUCCCUGCGGAUAUCCAAUUGACAUAGACUGCACGGGCAGGCCGAACUUGCAGCCGGCAGCCCCGACCAACGAUUGCCCCCAUCAAUACGGCUACUUCAAGAUUGGCGAUCAUCAAAACUGCGGCCAAUUCAUGAACUGCGUGGACGGCAGGGGCUACGUGUUUGAUUGUCCGGAGGGUCUGGCCUUCAAUGCGCAGACCUAUCGAUGCGAUUGGCCGGAUCAGGUGCCGGAUUGCGACGCCGAGACUUUCCUCGGCUUCCGUUGUCCGGAGGUGAAAAGCGGUUUCUUCUUGAAUAACGAGAUUAAGUUCUACCGUAGCCCCGCCGACUGCCACCAUUUUUACAUCUGCGUGAACGGCCGUCCGAGACUGCAGAAUUGCGGCAUCGGAAAUGCCUUCAACGAGCUCAUCGAUGCCUGCGAUGCCGCGGAAAAUGUCACCGGCUGCGAACACGAAGCAAUAGCGAGGACCACCCCAUCAUACCAACAGGCGAGGCUUUUUUAAAUUCUGAUACAGAAUGAAACAUAGAUUGAUAGCACAGUUCUGAAGUAAUAGCGAUCGGGAAUUUCAGGAAGUUUCUGAUAUGCGGUAUGACAUAUUUUCGACAUGACAAAAUUGCGUGGAUGCAAAUAAUAAUCCGCACAAUGAUAAAAAUGCAUUAUGCUGGUAAGAAAAAAAUAAAAUUUCAAUUGCCAUAUGUGCGUUCGAUGCCAUAAUGUAUAUACUAUUACUUAGAGUAUAUGUUUAAUGUAAAACAACUGUAAAAAAAAACUUUUAAUAAAUAAAAGUGUAAAAAUAAA